AUGGCUAUGACAGAAGCUGGGAGAGGCGUCCUCAGUCCUUCUUCACUGGCCUUGACUUGCAAGAGCCACUGUUAUGUACCUUCGCCACAUUGGAAACCGCCCAAGAAAGCGCAACCUGUGGAAACCAUCAAGGAAACCUCGAGAACUUCCAUGAGCCACCAGGAGGCUACGAAAAAAAAAAAAAAAAGCAAAGGUAGCUACAUGAAAGCCAGUGUCUUUCCUUCCACCUCUCGUGGUAAAGCAUCAUCUCGAAAGCCUUUUGGGGUCCUUUCUCCAAAUGUUCUGAGCGGCACGAGAGGGAAGAGCCCUGUAGAGAGCAGCGUGGAUGCUCAAACCAAGAAGAAGGCACCAUCGGCAGCCACCCACCAGGGCGAGGAGGGGGAAGGGCCGCUGGAAUGCCGCGCGCUGGUGAAACCCGGAAACACCAAGGAGAACAUCGCAUUCUUUGCAGCCCACCGGGGCAGGAAUAGGAUACGGUCUAUGAAAAUAAGGUCCUGGGAUAUGGAUGGGAGAGCUACGAAAAGAGGGAGACGAUCGGGGGACCUUAAAGAAGCCAGGAUACAGUUAGAAAGGAUGAGGGGCCAGGGCCGGUGCUACGAGCCUGAGCCUUUUGCGUGUAGCAUUGAGCACUGCUCUGUGCACUAUGCGAGUGACAGUGGGGCUGGCAUCUGCGCUCGGAGGCCUCUGUCUCUCACCCAGAUGGUUGCCUUCCUGGAGCGAAGAGCUGGUGCUGCUCUGCGGGCCAGUUGUGCUAACUCCCCUGCGGUGGGGAGCCUUUCUGGGCCAUCCAGAGCUGUGCCUCCAGCCUCUGAGUCCUUUUCUGGCCCCAGGGCUUGUGAAGAGCCCACGGAAAGGGGAAAUCCUGAGGUUGGUGAAUCCCAGAGAGAGCCAGUCCGCGUCCUGGACAUGGUAGCCCGGCUGGAGUCCCAGCGCCUGAAGUGGCAGAGCCAGUGUGAGCCUGGGAGCCUCCCUCAAAAGAGCAGCUUCCCUGGGAAGCGGGUGCUGCUUGCACAUGGCACUCAGGCUGAUGAAGGUGCCUUGGAAGCACCUGACACUCGGGUGAAUCCUCCUGCGGGGUCUGUACCUGUGGGCUGUGGCCCGUCAAGAGCUGACCACUGUUCUCAGAAGGAGAAGCAGGCCUGGGAUGGGGCUCCUCGGGGCUGUUCCUCAAUGCCAGCAGGCGUGAGUUCCCCCAUGGGUAACGCAGAAAUAGAGCCAGAUCAGCAAACUGCUGUAAAAAACAGCAAUAGGCACGAUGCAGAAAUGACAGCGGGUCUUGAGUCACCUUUUCCUCCAACUCAAGCCAUCGAGUUGCCCACAGGUGCAGUUGAACGAAUGAGGAGAGAGCUUGGGCCACAAGAUUCUGAGCAGAAAAGAAAGGAAUCUGUGUGCAUUGGCCUCACUAUGUCCAAGGCGCAGAAGGGCCAGCCUUCUCGGGUAAAGCCCUGUGAAGACCCACUUCCUGGGAGGCUGUUUUUUCUAUUGCCACCUGGUCAGCACCAGUCUGAUGGUUUCUGGUUGAAUGAAAGCACAGCACAAGUGUCUGCAGAGGCGAGCCCGCCUGAAGGUGCUGCUGAGGGGGGCGGUGCCCCUGGGGAAAAAAGUGUUGCAGCCAAUUCACAUGUCCCAAUGCCAGCCUCUCCCGUGGGAAGUACAGUACCGGUGCGUCAGGCCUCCAGUUGGAAGAAGCAGGGGUCUCAUGACUUUCUGGAGACCAGGUUUAAAACCCAGCAGCUUCUGGAGCCUAAACCAUACAUGGCUUUCCUGCCCCACCACGUUCUGGUGAAAAUCUUCAGGUUUCUUCCCACCAAGAGUUUAGUGGCUCUUAAAUGUGCCUGCUGCUAUUUCAAGUUCCUCAUUGAGUACUACAACAUCAGGCCAGAAGAUUCUCGCUGGGUUCGAGAUCCAUGCUAUAGAGAGGACCCUUGUAAGCAGUGCAAGAAAAAAUAUGUGAAGGGGGAUGUGUCCCUGUGCCGGUGGCAUCCCAAGCCCUAUUGCCAGGCAUUGCCCUACCAGCCAGGAUACUGGAGGUGCUGCCGCCGCUCUGAGAAGGACUUCCCUGGCUAUAAGCUUGGGCUUCAUGACAAUCACUGGGUCCCUGUUUGCCAGGGCUUUCAUCAAGCGAUCCAUAAGGAAGCAGAAGGGACUGAAACUGAAGAGGAAUACUAAAGUCUGUCCGAGAGGCAACCAAUUGAUUGAUUUUUAAAACUGC